GACUCGCGACUGCAAAUGAUUUGAAUUAGCGUGAUCAACAUUUGCUCCUCUCACUACGCAUGAAUAAUGGGAUACUUGGCUCAUUCAUUUGGUUUGUAAGGUUCUAUUGAUAAACAAAACAACAACACGGAAAGUCAUCAAAGGAUUCUACGUGGGGGUAAAAUGAGUUUCAAAUCCAAUGACUUGUCGGACAUGUUUCGGCUUAACGCGUCCCUGUUGUUUCAAGGAAGCUGUCCGGAGGAAUCACGGUUUUUCCUUGAGAAGUAUUUUGCGUGCCUGGAUAAAAAGAAGCCAGGCUCCUCUGCGGUGGCGUUGGAUAAGACAUUGGUAUGCCAGCACUGCUUUCAGUGGCUGCGGGCUGACAACCAGCGGCUGCGCCUGAAACCCAAACACCGGCCCUCCGCCAGGGUGCAGAGGCUCCUCCGGUGCAGAGCCGAGGGCAAGGCCCUCAGCCUGCUACAGAAGCGCCGCCUGCAUCACUUCUGGACGUCAUCCUCAGUGCUGAUGGCCACCUGCCACGCGUGCAGCAAGACAACAAAACACAAAGGAAUGAACCGCGAAUUUUUGUCCACCUUUCCCACUCCCGGCAACAGCGGCAAGCGCAAAACCACUCCGUCGACCAACAAAUCCACUCCCGGCCACAAGGCCCCCCUCCACACCCCUAGGUCGUCUACAUCCUCUGGCACGCCCGGCUCUACCUCAUCCACCCCUUCAGCCACCAAGACCCCCUUCAAGGGCAAGAACUGGGUGGUCCGGCGUCUAAGCAAAAUCCUGCUGCGUGAGGAGAAGCCAGACAACAAGAAGGGCAGCUUGAAAGACUUCCUUUCCUCUCUCUGAGUCGCCUGGUCGUCUUCUACUUGGGGAAGCCGUUUCAAGGAGGGGAGGCCGCUCUUGGCUGCUUCGCUCUUACAGCGCUCCCUCUGGCUGGGAUGUUGCAACAGUGCCGCCAUGAACCUCUGGGGCCUCAAAUGUGAUGGCUUUGAUCAGAGGUUUGGGAUGGAAAUUCCUCAAAUGAGCAUUUCUGCUUCAUGAAUGAGAAAUUUGAGGGAUUGUGUGGUAUUGAUGAACACCACGGUGAUGUCAAAUUUACAUGAUCACCAUUGAUAUCUUUAUUUCGUUUGACAACGUAAUUAUGGAAGCUGUUGAUAAGCUUAUACAGUGUCUAUUGUUGUUUCUUUACAAAGCGAUUUUUUUUUUAAGUAAGUCCAAGACGUAAUUUGAUAUUAAUACUGUACGGUGUGGGCAUGUCUGUAUGGGAAUGUUAUUUACUUAAAUUUGCAUAAAAUUGUCGACAUGUUCUUAUAAAAAGACUUGUGGCAUUGAUUUUUCUCUCUGGCUUUACUUCUUGAUUUACAUAAUAGGAUGAUAUAUUGUCCUGUAGAAAUUUAAUCUAGUUUUCUUUUUUUGCAGAAUGGCUUUUGUAGAAAAACAUUUGCAGGUUAAUUAAAAAAAAAUAUUAUUUUCUAUUUUGGGUAUUAUAUUACUUCCCGUACCUAUUUCUAUCAAUAAGCGGGGUGUUUUUGUACUUACUUUCCCACCCGGUUUGCUCAAAUGUACAAUGCUUUAUUACCGCGUUCCCAUUUUUACACCACAUCUAAAUGAAAUAAAACCUUUUCAGAAAGUCAAA